UCUCAUCUCCUCUCCCCUCUCCUCCUCCUCCUCCUUCUUAUUCUUCUUCUUCCUCCUCUCCUCUUGUCCCAUUCCCCUCCAAAUCUCCAAUCCCAAGCCCAAUUCCUCCUCCCCCCUCUCCCUCCCCCGCGAUUCGCCUCUCCCCAUUCCGCCGCCGAAGGGGAGGAACAAGAAGGAGACUGAUUCAUUCAUACAUGGCGGGGCUAGUAGUAAGUGCUGGUUGUGGCAAUGGCGGCGGUGGCGGUGGCGGUUGGGGUGGCGAGUGGGGAGGAGGAGGCGGCGGCGGCGAGGUGUGCGCGGCGGCCUCGGCCGCGGCCGCACAGCGUGACGAUCUCGGAGUUCGGGGCGGUGGGCGACGGGGUGACGGUGAACACGCUGCCGUUCCAGAACGCCAUCUUCUACCUCCGGUCGUUCGCCGACAAGGGCGGCGCGCAGCUGUACGUGCCCCGGGGGAGGUGGCUCACCGGCAGCUUCAACCUCACCAGCCACCUCACCAUCUUCCUCGAGAAGGACGCCGUCAUCAUCGGCGCCAAGGAGGUAUCAGAAUGGCCAAUUGUAGAACCGUUGCCAUCAUAUGGCCAAGGAAUCGAUCUUCCAGGUGCGAGGCAUCGCAGCUUAAUAAAUGGACACAAUGUGACUGAUGUUGUAAUUACAGGGAACAAUGGAAUCAUAGAUGGCCAGGGUUUGACAUGGUGGAACUGGUUUCGCUCGAAUAAGUUGAACUAUAGCCGCCCUCAUCUUGUGGAGUUUGUGGAUUCGGAAGAUAUUGUGAUUUCAAACUUGACAUUAUUGAAUUCCCCUGCAUGGGGUAUACAUCCAGUGUUUUGUAGCAAUGUAAUGGUCCACGAUGUCACCAUUCGAACCUCAUUGGAUGCUCCACUUACCGAUGGAAUUGUUCCAGAUUCAUGCUCUAAUAUGUGCAUUGAAGAUAGCAGUAUUAGCGUCGCUCAUGAUGCUAUCUCGUUAAAAAGUGGGUGGGAUAACUAUGGCAUUACCAUUGGAAGGCCGGCAUCAGACAUUCACAUAAGCAGAGUAGAUCUCCAAGCCUCACUUGGAGCUGCUCUUGCAUUUGGGAGUGAGAUGUCUGGUGGUAUUUCGGAUAUUCAUGUUGAUCACCUUAAUAUCCAUGGUUCCUCUAGAGGCAUCCUCUUCAAGACUGCACCCGGCCGUGGAGGUUAUAUAAGAGAUGUUGUAAUAUCAGAUGUCCAAAUGGAAGAUGUUAAUGUCGCCAUUAAAUUCACUGGCGAUUGGUCGACACACCCAGAUAACCAUUUUGAUCCUUCUGCGCUCCCGAUGAUCAACCGAAUCACACUGAAGAACAUGGUUGGAACAAACAUAUCAGUUGCUGGAGUUUUGUCGGGAAUAAACGGUGAUCCAUUCACCAAUAUCUGCCUCUCCAACAUCAGUUUCUCCCUAGCUGAUUCGACACAAUCCAGCUCUUGGUCUUGCUCCAACAUCUCCGGAUACUCUGAGUUGGUCUUUCCAGAGCCUUGCCCAGACCUCCACCAUUCAUCCUCCAAUUCUUCCAUCUGCUUCUCCCUUCUUACCUACCAUGCCCUUGCUGCAGCAUAAGUGCAUAAAGUACCAAGUGUCCAUCCUUCGCUGUUCCAGUCCUUGUACAAUCCAGAGAAAAAUCCAACUUUUGUCACCAUCUUCCUUCCAAAUUCUUUCCAAAUAGGUGUACAAAAGAAUCACCACUCUUCUUGUGCUACCAGCUUUGAGGCUCAUGGAUGGAACAAUCUAUGCUGGUUUGUCAAUGAGGAAGUCUAGAGGGGUUCUCUGCACAAUGAAGUGUUUGCUUGUACAGUUAAGAUUUGUUCAUUCAAUCUGUAAGAAAAAAACAUUUUUUUUUGGUAGAGGGGAUAAGUCUUAGAGAGUCUCUCCAUACUACUGUCAAUUUUGGUCAUAUAAAAUAAAACAUAUUAUGAUUGAGUCACCCUGUAUAUCCCAAUCAAUCUUGUGAGAGCAUCCAAUAAAAAAAAACAGCAUAUCACAUGGUAUCCUGGAAUUCACAGGCUGGCCUUGUUGUGUAGGCCAGGGUGUCAAUAAA